AUGUUUCCCCCGCCAACAACGUACAACUUGGUCCCGCUAAGCAGACGGGCGGCAGUGCUGAUACUGCUCUUCGCCGAUGCCAAGGGCGACCUUAGGGUCGUCGUUACGAUCCGGGCUAAGACACUGAGUUCCUAUGCAGGAGAUGCUGCUUUACCUGGUGGCCGAGCAGACAACACAGAAACAGCCUUCCAAACGGCGCGCCGCGAGGCAAGCGAGGAGAUCGGCCUCCCCGACAUUAACCAAGAGCUUCCAUCCCCGUUUAGCGUGGAGCAUCUCUGCGAGCUUCCGGCAAAUCUUGCCAAAACGGAGGUGAUCGUACGUCCCUGCGUGGCCCUCCUCCACAGCUAUGAUCCGUGCUCGGGGCUGAAUGCUGACCCUGAGGUGUCACUUAUUCCUAUUUUGGAUGCAAGAGAGGUUGAGGCUGUUUUUACUGCGCCAUUGAAGGACUUUUUGAGUGCAAAUGUACAUGAUGAAUGGUAUCGUGGGGCUUGGGGGAUGUGGCAUAAUUCCCAGUGGAGGAUGCAUCAGUUCUUUGUCCGCACCGAAAUUGAAGUCUAUCGCAUCUUUGGAAUGACGGCACGAAUUAUUGUCGACGCAGCGCGUGUCGCAUACGCGCAGGAACCGGAAUUCGAACAUAACAGCCACUUUGGAGACGAGGAGAUGAUUUCUAAACUUUGUCGGUUAGGCCGAUUGAGUCAAGAAAAGGCAGCCAAACUUAGUUAG